GCCCGCCAGAGCCGUGAAGCAGCAGCAGUAGCAGCAACAGCAGCUCCGCUCGCUUCGUGUAGUAGUUUUUAUUCAUGAAAACAAUCGCCUGAACACCGGUGUCGUUCGACUGGUCGUAACGUAACGCCGGAUACGUUGUGCUCGUGUUCGUGUCCUUCAAUAGCACGCAGUGACUAGGUUAACCUUAAAAGAAGUGACGGUUGCGGUGGUGUCGUGAGAUAGUCCCGUGGUGGAAAGAGACUCGUCUCGGUCGUUAGGCGUCGUCAUUGUCGUCGUCGAGUGAGUUUUCGCUCUGUUCGUCGAGACGGUGUUUCGAGACGGAGACGUGUGAAAAGGAAAGUGCACAGUCAUCGAUGUGAGAGAUCGAGGCUAGGAAGAAGGCCCGCCGCAGCAGGAGGGAGAGAGCGAGAGAGGUGCCGUUUGUGGAACAGAGAGGCCGAUACAUCGAGCCGGGAAUUUUGGCAAUCGUAGCUCCGUUAGGGAGCUCCAGGGGUGGCAACGGUCUCGCUAGGAGGUGUCGAAGCUGGCGCGAGGGGCGGGAGAGUCAGCGGUGGCCUGGCUCUGGUUCCGGUGGUAGCGGCGGAAACGGAAGCCGCGACAGCAGCAGAUCAGAGAGGACUGGGAAAGGCCGUUGGAACUUGCUGGAGGUGGAGAUUCGAUCUUCCUCUUCUCGUUUUUCUUCCUCUUAUUCCCGUUCCUGGUGGUGGAAAGCUCGAGAACCUCCGUUGGCCACCGGAAGAAGCGUUGGCGGCGUGACACUGGGCCCCGACCACCUUCGUGUGAGAAGGCAAGCGAAAUAAGGAGCCACUCAUCCCUCAAGAACUACGUUUUAAGCUUCGUUGGGAGUGCAUCGUUUCCUUCUUCACCUCCUGCUUCUCACGAGACACCCUUUUCACCCUUAACCGGGUGCUCACACGAUUGGCGUAUCGCUAGACAGGCAUCAUGAGCGAGCUCGAAAACCUUCGUCAGGAGGCGGACGCGUUGAAGAAUGCCAUACGAGAUGCCAGAAAAGCAGCAUGCGACACGACGUUGGUCCAGGCCACGUCGGGCAUGGAGCCUAUUGGCCGGAUACAGAUGCGGACGAGACGCACGCUUCGUGGUCACUUAGCCAAGAUUUAUGCGAUGCACUGGGGCAGUGACUCAAGAAAUUUAGUAUCAGCGUCGCAAGAUGGAAAACUGAUAGUUUGGGACAGUUACACCACCAACAAAGUUCAUGCGAUUCCCUUACGCUCUUCGUGGGUAAUGACUUGUGCAUACGCACCAUCGGGUAGUUAUGUGGCUUGCGGUGGGCUAGAUAACAUUUGCUCCAUCUAUAGUCUUAAAACUAGAGAAGGAAAUGUAAGAGUUAGUAGAGAACUCCCAGGUCACUCUGGAUACUUAUCCUGCUGCCGAUUCUAUGAUGACAACCAGAUUGUCACUAGUUCCGGCGACAUGACUUGUGCCCUGUGGGACAUAGAAACUGGUCAACAGUGUACCUCCUUCAUCGGACACACGGGCGAUGUAAUGUCUCUUUCGUUGGCACCAGACACGCGUACAUUCGUAUCUGGCGCGUGUGACGCCAGUGCAAAACUCUGGGACAUUCGUGAGGGAUCUUGCAAGCAAACCUUCCCAGGCCAUGAGAGCGAUAUAAACGCUGUUACGUUCUUCCCGAAUGGAUACGCUUUCGCGACGGGUUCGGAUGACGCUACUUGCAGACUCUUCGACAUUAGGGCGGAUCAAGAACUGGCGAUGUACAGCCACGACAAUAUUAUCUGCGGUAUCACGAGUGUAGCGUUCAGCAAGAGCGGUAGAUUAUUAUUGGCCGGAUAUGACGACUUCAACUGCAACGUUUGGGAUUCUAUGAAAGCCGAACGAGCUGGAAUCCUUGCUGGCCACGAUAAUCGCGUGUCUUGUCUGGGCGUUACGGAGGAUGGUAUGGCGAUAGCGACGGGCUCCUGGGACUCGUUCCUGCGUAUUUGGAACUAACUUGGGGUUCAUCCCAAUACGUUCCUCCAAAGAACCAACUGCAGCCAAUCAGCAUACAGUAUAAGCAUUAAGUACCACCACUUGACCACCGAAGUCGGCGUGCCCGUAUCCUCGAUGGAGUCAAACUACUCGCCAGGUUCACCAGAGUUGACGUUGAUCAGAAAGUUUGAACAUCCGAUAGACAGCAGCAACAGCAAGAAGAAAAGCAGUAAGAAAGGCGAUAGCGUCGGCAGCAGCAGCAGCAGCACCGAAUUUAAAAACGUUUUGGGUUGUGGUGGCAAAAAAGACUACCGGAGGCGCGUCGUCGAUUUGAGCUGGCGACGUGGCAAAGUCGGCGAUAAAAUCACUCGCGAAUAUCAACGCUUCUAGUAUGAAUAUCGUUCAUUUGACACUCGAACGUAUAUAACGAUGAUUGAGAAAGAAGCACGGCGAAAGGAAGAUCGACAGAACGGAGAGGAGCACCAAGGCUGACAGCCAAAUCUCUCUGGUGUCGUGUACACGCUUCCUUUUUCUCCUCCCCUUUCUCAAGAAUCACUCGGCGAACCUCCGAAGAGCACGUGCUGUUUCACACCUUGAUAGCUUCUCCUCGAAGACCUUUUCCUGCCUCGAGGGUCGAGACAAGAAAUCGAUGAUGGCACUGCCGUGGGUCGGGUGUCGUUGGAAGCGUUUUAUUCGAACAAAAGGUUCCGAGCGUUCACUGCCGAUGAAGCGCCGACAUGGCUGCUCCGGCGGUAGAUUUUAUGUUCUUUUCGACACGCACGAACCAAGUCGUACCAAGUCACACAAUGAAGGAACGAAAACAGUCGCUCGUGCACUGCACAAAAGCAAACGCGAUCAUGAAAACUAUAUAUACAUAUACGUAUGUCGACGACGAGCAGCCAAGGUUACGAUAAUCUCGCAUAUUGCAUUCAACCUACACGCACACCGUACGCACGUGUAUUAAUACGUACAUAGGAAACUACAUACAUACAUUUGCACAGAAACGCGAAGUAUCGUAAACAAAAGGCAUCUGCCAUUAAGUAUACAGAGUUGGUCAUCCACGAGCCCCGAUGUAUAAGUCACUAUUUCUUGAUCACGUUAAAUUUUUCUUUUUACUAUUUGUUUUGUAUUAUUCUUCAAAUUUCGAUCUCUUUCGUAAAUCUCAUCCUCUUUUGAGGGGCUAAGUCAGACGUAAAAUAAAGAACAGAAACGGAGGAUAAAGGAUUGGCGAAGAUUGCAUCGUUUCUUGUAUCUGUAUCCGCCGAGUUUGCAUUAAUACCUUUGAUUAAUUUUUAUAGAUGUAUCAUUAUUUAUUUUGUAUAGACCUCUGCUAUAUAGACCAUCCUAUACGUUCUUGUUUUCUUCUUUUGUUUUGAAAAGUUGAGUGAAUGUUCGAGUUAAGAAAUAUUGUUCGAGAGUGAACGAGUUCGGAUGUGCAAGAAUGAGCGAAAGGUCUCGAAGGCGCGGCCCAUUGCCAAUCAAAAUGAGAAUCCAAAUGAGAGAGACAAAAACAAAUAAUAAUGAUACUCCUAAGUUGUUCCUCCGGUCGAUUGUUACACACUUUUCGUCGUAAUUUGGAUCGUCAUGCAUGAAAGGACACAUCGUUGAAAAGAAAAUGUCGCGAUAAGGCCAGUUGAAACGGAGAUAUCCUAAAUUCUAUGUAUUUCGCCUCGUCGUGAGUCUACGUACACACGCGAGGGACCAGCAUAAAGUACGAAGAGAAGGGAAUAUUUAAUGUAACGUGUAAUCGUUUAGUUUGUAGCCUCUAUUCCCUAUUCCUCUAUAUAGAAGCAGCGAGACCGAGAAGAGUUCCUCUUAUACUCUCGCCAAAGCAGAGUCCCAGAUCUUUCUCCAGUAUCGGUCCAACACCGAAGAGUUCUCGAACCUGCGAGGAAGGCACGUGUUCUCGACGAAAAUGUCGUCCCAGAAGUUCCUUUGAAAUAGGACCCAAAGAAUAACGAAUCGAAGCUAUGGACCGCGAGACUAAACUCUCUCUCACCCUCGUCGUAUUCUUCUCUUCUUUUCUGUCUUUAGCUCCUCUCCUUAGAAGUUUUAUUUUUUCGCCGAUUCUUUCGUACGAUUGUGUUUUUACUUGUACCGUCGACUUUCCUCGUUCAUCUAUGUUUACUCCCUCGUCAUUCCCCUUUUCACCUUCUCUGUCCCCUUUCUGUCGAAACAAAAAAAUAGGUGUUUAAACUGUGUAUGCAUUUAAAGUAAUAAUAUUAAUGAUAAUGUUUAAUAUUAAUAUUAAUGAUGAUUGUAAUUUAUAAUUAUUAAUAUUUAAUAUAUAAGUAUCUAAGGAGAUAGCGAUGGAUCCACUUGUUCAGUACCGUAGACUAAU